ACCGUUGUCGUACCUUCUGUACAAUAACACCCGCCGUUGACGUCAACUGUUGCUGGAGGUAUACUCGACCCUCGGCUCGGGCUUUUCUAGACAGGGUCCUUGUGAUGCUUGUGAUCGUCCCUCUCGUCCACCUCCCUCGCUCUCCCUCGCUCUCUCGAUCCCUUCCCGGCCCUGCCUCUCCCUGCGCUGUGAGAGGCGUGUCGACCGAUUCCAGCUGCAUAUAAAAUUCUCUCAUGCACCUUUCGGAUCUCUUCAAUUUGAAGUCAUCCGGCUCACGGGCCAGGUACUUACCGAACUACCUACUCGCCUCGAUUGUCUUGGUCAGGCCAAGAUUCGAGGCCCCGGCGUCAUUUCGAAUCCGCUCUUCACCGGCCCCGAGAUACUUCGCGCGCAAGGGCGUGUGUCGCAUCCGAAUUUCGUGACAUUUUGAGAGCUGGGUGGUGUCAGCUGUCGCGAAUGUGGACCGGCAUUCGUUGGAUUCGAACUGCUUUUUGACCAUCUGAAUCCAGGCCAGGCGCGGACCCAAGCAUUCGACUUCUCGUCCGGUCGGGAAUUCGAAUAUUCGUCGAGGCGAUUCGCCACUCGAUUCUGAAUCCAUCGCCUGCCUGACGAGUUGCGAUUCGAAGCGCCUGCUGCUGCUGCUCCUGGUGGAACAGGAAAUUGGAGUGCGGGCGGGCGAGCACAUGCUGCGGGAGCAGGGCUUUGAGGAAGAAGGUGAAAGAUGGUGAAGUUCUCGAAGCAGCUGGAAGGGCAGCUGGUGCCGGAAUGGAGGCCCGCGUACGUGAAUUACAAGAUUCUGAAGAAGGAGCUCAAGCGCAUCAAGCUGCAGCCGCGGAGGUCGUUCUCGGACGGCAUGUCGCAGUCGUUUCAAACCGCGCUCAGCUUUGGCGGCUGGACGGAGAAGGAUGGCGCCCAGGCCUCGACCUCGACCUCGGCCGCGUCUCCCCAGCAGCGCCACAUCGCCCGCGCCAAGGACUCAUUCGACUCGCUGGUCGCCUUCGGCGGCCAUGCCGCUCACGCUCUCCGCAGCAAGUCCCAGCGUCGCCGCGGCAGCACCCGCGCCUGCGACGUCAUCGAGAUGCGUAAACUGGAAGGGGAUCCAUGGGACGUGUACGAAACGUUACUGCUAGAGCCCAUUAAUCGCAUGGAAGCUGCAAAGCUGUUCUUUGUGAGACUAGACGCUCAGUUCAACAAAGUCAAUCAGUUCUAUCACAACAAAGAGAAGGAAUUCGUCGAACAAGCUCAGGUCCUUGAGAGGCAAAUGCAAGCAUUAGUGGACAUGCGAAAGAUCCUUGAGGAGUCGCAAGACACGUCCAGUCAGGAUCCCUCUGGCACGUCGAAAGCGAAACUCAGUGGUCUCGAUCGUUCUCUCGACCUCACGCUGACAAGGCUGGAGUCGAUGCCAAGCCUCGAUUUGGAGGCUGGAGAUUUUGAUUUGGAGCUCGAGACCGCAGGACAACUCAGCGGUUCUAGCGCAGCAAAAGCUGAGGAUGGGGCUGCCCGUGUUAAGCAUGAGUCUAGAAACAAGAGCGAGCCUUUUUCUGGAUCAGCAGGUGAUGUUGACAAUGCCAGCUCCCCGCGCGCAACCUUUGGCCCACAGAUGAUAAUGAGGAUGAGAGUGCCCAUUACAACACCGGCCACCACCAUUUCUGCUAUCUCGCAAACCCUUUGGGAAGAUAUCUUGAAGCAAGGAGGUCGGUCGGAUUCGAAUGGCGAGUCGCAGUUUUCUGUGACCAAGAAAAAACUUCAAAGGGCAGAGAAGAUGCUUCGUACUGCUUUUAUCGAAUAUUAUCGUGGGCUGAAUCUGCUUAAGAGCUACAGCUCGCUGAACAUGGUCGCCUUCGCCAAGAUUUUAAAAAAGUUUGACAAGGUUUCGGGUCAUCGUGCGUCGAUUGUCUACCUCAAGGUUGUUGAGAAUUCAUACUUCAAUACCUCUGAUAAGAUUAUUAAACUAAUGGAGAAGGUGGAGACCUUGUACACCAACUACUUCGCCAAAUACAACCGCCACAAAGCGAUGCUCAGCCUCAGACCGAUGCAGAAAAAAUCCUCCCACACUGUGACCUUCAUUCUCGGCGUUUUCGUCGGAGGAUCGCUGGCGUUGCUAGCCGUAUUUGCAGUUCUUCUGCGUAUUUUUCUUCCCGACUAUCGACCCCCACGUUACUCGCAACUAGAUCCCGGACAAGUACCUCAUAGUGUUUAUGUUAAGACAAUAUUUCCAAUAUUCAGCUCGGUGAUGCUCGUUUUGAUACACAUGUACAUGUACGGAGCAGACCUUUACUUCUGGUGUCGUUUGCGCAUAAAUUACGCCUUCAUAUUUGAGUUCUCUCCGGGAACAGAGCUGGGGCAUCGUGAAGUUCUUAUGGUCACGUCAGUCCUCACGACUGUGCUCAUCGGGUCUAUGGUCGGGCACCUAGCGUUGCACUCAGCUGCGAAAUCCCCCUACGUUGACUUCAUUCCUCUUGGCCUCGUCCUGCUUAUGGUGGGCAUACUCUUUUUCCCUCUAAACAUACUGUAUCGAUCAAGUCGAGAAUUCUUCUUGAAAUCAAUGCUGCACAUCUUGGCGUCUCCCCUGUACAAGGUCGUGCUGGCAGACUUUUUCCUUGCUGACCAGCUAACUAGUCAGGUGCCCAUGUUUAGAAACCUGCAGUACGUCAUGUGCUACUACUUGGGAGGAUUUUUCAAAACCGGAAAUGCAGAUGCUUGCUUCGCGAAUGAGCAUUACAAGGGUUUGACAUACCUCAUAUCGUUGUUACCAUAUUGGUGGCGUUUUAUGCAGUGUUUAAGACGAUACGUAGAUGAAAGAGAUAGUGCUCACAUAGCCAACGGUGGCAAGUAUCUGUCGGCACUGGUUGCGGUGGCUCUAAGGAUCCAGUAUGGCAGAAACAGUGCAGCAGUCUGGGCUGUGAUGUUUGUGUUAUUUUCAAUAGUAGCCACGGUUUAUCAGGUUUACUGGGAUCUUGUCGUCGACUGGGGACUUCUAAGAAAAGAUUCUUCCAAUAAGUGGCUUCGGGAUCAGCUCAUCAUGCCCAAGAAGAAGUUUAUUUACUUUAUUUCAAUGGUAUUGAACGUCUUCCUGAGAUUGGCUUGGUUGCAAUCUGUCACUCGCUUUCGAUUUGGCACUCUCGAUAUCCAGGUAGCUGAUUUCAUCUUCGCAUCUCUGGAGGUUAUUCGAAGAGGCCACUGGAACUUUUAUAGACUGGAGAACGAGCAUUUGAACAAUGUGGGCAAGUACAGAGCAACCAAGACUGUGCCAUUACCUUUUGAACAUCCUUCCAGCGAGGAAGACUAACAGACUGCUCCCACAAGAGAAAAUGAUGCUUUGGGCAGGGAACUGUAUUUCGGUUUUCACCUUCGGACCAGUGACAAAGGUUGUUGCUCGGAGGUGGAUUGCAAGAACUCCUUCAGGCCGUUAUGAUAACGAAUGAAUCUAAUGAAGUGUAAAUAUUACCAACGACACACAGUGACCACAUCAGAUCGCACCGAAGUUUUGAGUGUUCAAACAGGGCACCUUCAUGCUACUGAUAUUGGACGACAAGACAAUAUGGCGUACGAGAACCCACGCGUCGUGCCGGAAUUGUAAGUAUUAUACAGUAUUCUGAGGUAGAAGUAUUGCCGGCACUCGUGGAAAGGAAAAAUCUGAUGUGAUCAACAUAGUCUCCAAUAAUUUGAAACCACUACAGCAGCCACAGUUAGAAGGCUUAAAGAACCCUUUGGCAUUGCAGUAACUUUAACAUCUCCAAUGCCUUGUACCAUACAACGACCCGUAUAGUCUUUACGAGAUAAAGUUGCAAAGUCAGCGGCAAUUCACUUUGCAUUAACCUACUCGACUUGUAAUGAACGUAGUCAUAGCAAAGCCACUCUCGAGCAAUUCUUUUAUCCGAACAAUUAUAUUGUGAAAGAUAACUGAUUUCUCCAUUUGAAAACUAGAAUAAUGUCACAACAUUUUACCGUCCUGCCCAUAGGUUCUAAAAUAUGUAAAGAGAGCUCUUUGUCUUGAUUCUGCA